AUGUCUCAACCGUUCCCCCCUAGAGGUGACGACUUUUACAUCAAGUCUGCUACCUCGCCUUCGGGCACUUCCACGUCUUCCUCUUCGCAAAAUUUUGUUGUUGAUGUUGAACGUGGGUUUUUCAUGACCUGGGGUGCAAUUAAAGAAGGAUCGAAAGUUUUGGUUGCUCAACAAAAAAGUAGUACUGAACAUGAUGGCUGUCAACUUUGGCAUUAUGACGACGGUUGGUUGAUUAAUAAACAAACAACCUUAUGUCUGGAAGCUGAACAUGUGAAAGCUGGACAACGCCUCAGUCUUUUUCAUAGGAAAAGUUCAAGCCAAGCUAAUAGCCAAAAGUGGAUCCUUACCAAAGAAGGGCGUAUUGCAUUACAAAGUAAUCCAAAAUUCGUUCUUGAAGUUAAAGAAAGCAAUAAACAUGUCAUACUAGUUGAUAGUACAGCGAAAAACUUCAAAAAUUCACUGGCUUCUCAAUUUAUUAUUUUGCCUCUCCAUCCUGUGAAGAAAUAUGGUGCCGCAAUUGGUGUGAUUAGAUUAGAAUUGGUCGAAGCUAAAGGCCUAAAAGGUGUCGAUUCUUUCCUCGCCGGUGUAUUUUGUGCGGGUAAUAAUAAGGACAUUAUUGCUCAAACAAAGGUCAUUGACAACGACCUGAAUCCAGUGUGGAACGAAGUUCACUAUCUUCCUGUUAAAGGGCUUAAUGAAAAGUUCAAGUUGGAAGUGAUGGAUUUUAACACUUUUAUAAAAGAUAAACCACUUGGUGAUUGUCAUCUUGAAGUUAAUCGUGAACUUGCCAAAGAAGCUUCUAACGGUGUUUAUGAAGGCACAAAUGGUAUCGACGUCUGGAUAAACUUAACUACACAAGGAAAGAUUCAUUACAAAGCUAAAUUCUUCCCCUUGGAACCUCUUCCAAAUCCUAGUCCUGAUUUCCUUGCCAAUCUUAAGGAGAAACCUUUUGAUCGUUCAACUUUUUACGUCCUUGUCACCUUACAAGCUCCAAAUGGUGGUUUCCCUCCUUCUGAUAAAUUAGCCAAUCUAUUCGGUUUUGAAUCUCAGGAUCAACUUUUAGAAUUGUAUAAACGUCAAUGCCGUGAAGAUCGUAUUUUAAAGAAUGAUCCUACCGUGUGGACCACUAGUAUGAUCUUAUGGUUCUUACGGUUCUUAUUAAAGGACUAUAGAAGUGAAUGGGGUGGUGUUUAUGAACGUGCUGAACAGUACAUUAGCAAAGCAAUUAACGAUUUAGAAAUCGAAGAGACUGUGGUUGCUACUGGCAGAAAAGCUGUCCAUCCUAAAACUAAACGAAUUACUCGUGAAACUAUCUCAAUUACACAUAUUAAACGACUUCUUAAAUGUCAGCAGCAAAGUACUGGUGCAUAUAUAGUUGGUGAUGAUCUUGCAAAAUCCCUCGGUUAUGAAAACAUGGAUAAACUUCGUAUAGCAUUCACUGAAUAUAAAAAUAGUCACUCCAAAUCUCAAAAAAUCUCUCAAGUUAGUCUCCAAACCUGGAUGACAAUGCUUAUGCUUUAUUUUUAUCGUUACGUUGCCAUUGAUCAAAAGAGAGAAUGGUUCUCAACAUACGAAAAAUCUUAUAGAUGGAUAUGGGCUCAAUUAAAGGGUAACGAAUCCCUUGAGCAAGAAUGUUUUCAAAUUGUUAAAUCUUUUGUCAAGGAGUCCCAUGGUGUAAAGGAUGAUGUUUUGGAAUUGGAUCGUGCUUUCGAAGAUGAAAUUUCUGAAAUGACAACCUCUAUUAAAUUUCCACAAAAAAGCCGAGGAAUUGUUAUAAAACCUCAUGGUAUCGCGCGUAUCGAAAUUAUUUGCGCUAAAAAUCUUAAGCAGGCCGAUUCAUGGUUUGGUGGUAGCGCUUCCGAUCCAUAUGUUAGAAUAUCAAACAUUGUCACUAGUUGGGUGUAUGGUGAUUCACGUGUCAUAUACAACAACUGCAAUCCCGUUUGGGAACAAGUGUUUUAUAUUCCCGUUUAUGAUGUAAAUGAAAAAUUCAAUUUACAAGUUUACGACUAUAAUGCUUUCUUUAAAGAUACACUUUUGGGAUUCUAUAUUCUUGAUCUCAAAUCUAUCAUUAAAGAGCUUCCUAAUG